UCGCAGCCAAAACAGUGCCAUUUGACAAAGAGCCUCUUCGCAGAAGGAGGUUCAGCAUCCACUCCGCACCUUCUCUACCUCUGGUCGACCAAACUAACAAAAUGGCAAAGGCUUUCUUUCUCUUGGUGUCUGUGCUUGCUUUGGGAAGUGUUCAUUUUAUUCAUGCCUCAUUUUCACCCAGCCUCAUCGUAGACAUGGCAAAAAUUGUCAUGGACAAUUAUUGCUCACCAGAGAAAUUGACAGGGAUGAAGGAGGCAAUUGAAGCGGCCGGCAGCAACACUGAGAUCCUCAACAUCCCAGAUGCAGAAUCCUUGGCUAAUGUCCUCAGUGCUGGUGUACAGGGCACUGUGACUGACCCACGCCUGAAGGUUUCCUAUGAGCCAGACUACAUUCCUGUGGUUCCCCCACAAAUGCCACCCUUGCCUCCUGAGCAGCUCAUCGCCGUCCUUCAGACCUCAAUCAAGCUCGACAUCCUGGAGGGCAACAUUGGUUACCUGAGGAUCGAUCACAUACUCGGAGAGGAGGUGGCUGACAAGGUUGGUAAUUUACUCCUGGACUUUGUCUGGAGUAAAAUCCUGCCAACUUCAGCUCUGAUCUUCGACUUGCGUUACACUGGCAGCGGAGACAUCUCAGGAGUCCCCUACAUUGUCUCCUACUUCACAGAAGCUGAACCUGCUAUUCACAUUGACAGUAUAUAUGACCGCCCCACCAACACCACCACUAAGCUGAUGUCUAUGUCCACAUUGCUGGGUGAGAGAUACGGUGUAACCAAGCCCCUCAUCAUCCUCACCAGCAAAAACACAAAGGGCAUUGCCGAGGAUGUUGCCUACUGCCUGAAAAACCUGAAGAGAGCCACCAUUGUGGGAGAGAAGACCGCUGGGGGUUCAGUGAAGCUUGAUAAAUUCAGAGUCGGUGACACUGACUUCUACGUUACAGUGCCAACUGCAAAAUCCAUCAACCCCAUCACGGGCUCCACCUGGGAGAUUACAGGAGUCACCCCCAAUGUUGAGGUUAAUGCAGAAGAUGCUCUUGCUACCGCCAUCAAGAUUGUCAACCUCCGUGCCCAAGUUCCAGAAAUCAUUGAGACAUCUGCAACCCUGAUUGCUGACAACUAUGCAUUUGAAGAUAUUGGGGCUGAUGUUGCCGCAAAACUGAAAGGUCUUCUGGCAUCUGGCAAGUAUAGCAUGGUUGUCUCCAAGAGUGAUCUGGAGACAAAGCUCUCUGCUGAUCUGCACAGCCUGUCUGGGGACAAGGGCCUGAAGACUACCAGCAACACACCAGUUCUACCACCCUUGGCCUACACCCCAGAGAUGUACAUUGAACUCAUUAAAGUUUCCUUCCACACUGAUGUUCUUGAGAACAACAUUGGUUACCUGCGUUUUGACAUGUUUGGAGACUUUGAGGAGGUCAAGGCCAUUGCCCAGAUUAUUGUUGAGCAUGUCUGGAACAAAGUUGUCAACACUGAUGCUAUGAUUGUCGACCUUAGGAACAACCUUGGUGGCCCAACAACAGCCAUUGCAGGCUUCUGCUCUUAUUUCUUUGACGCCGAUAGACAGAUUGUGCUGGACAAGCUGUACGACAGACCGUCUGGUACCACCACAGAGCUCCGGACCCUGGAUGAACUCACUGGUGUGAGGUAUGGCUCCAAGAAGAGCCUGAUCCUUCUAACCAGCGGGGUGACUGCUGGCGCUGCAGAGGAGUUUGUUUACAUCAUGAAGAAACAUGGCCGUGCUAUGAUUGUUGGAGAGACGACCUCUGGAGGAUCCCACCCAGCCAAGACAUUCGGUGUUGGUGAAACCGACGUCUUCCUGAGCAUCCCCACCGUCCACUCCGACACCACUGCUGGUCCAGCCUGGGAAAUAGCUGGCAUCGCACCUCACAUCCCCGUCUCAGCUGAUGCUGCCCUGGAGACCGCUAAGGGCAUCCUCAAUAAGCACAUUACAGGCCAGAAGUGAACCGUGUCCUAAGCAGAGCAUGGGGGGGGGGGGGGGGGGGGGGUGUCACAUUAGCUCUGGCAGCCAAAUGAUUUCAGGAUUUAGAAUCUAGACUUCUUAAACUGUGAAGAAUGUAGGUUAGGUACAAAGUACAAAAUAUAAUCUUUGGUUUAUUUUCUCAAUAACUAAGCCUUUUUAGUCUGUUGUAAUGUAGAGCAAAGGUUCGACAGCAGAAUUCACUUGUAGUUUUCGUUUUUAUGUAAUGUUGAUUUGGCUCUGGAAGGUCUGACAUCUGUGAAUGGAGCUAAUUAGCAAAUCAGUAUGUCCAUGUGUCAAAAUGCACUUUACAUCAUGAAGUUUCAGACAUUUGAGAAAUCACCUUCAAAAUUGAUGAAACAAAACAAAAUGACAGAAUAAUGUUUAAAACUUGCUUACUUGAACUAAUUUUGUUAUUUGUUUAUUAUGAUGAACAAUUGAAAUUAAGACCCUUGUGCAAUAAUUCACCUACUACUCCAACACUAAAAUGACCACAUGUGAUGCUCUUAUUGUGUAUGGGGAAUAACAUAUGUUCAAUAUGCAGUGAACUUCCCGCCAUAUGGAUUUACUCAAGUUGUAUCUAUUCCAGUGGUGAGACACAAUAAAAAAGACAAAUGAAACACCAAACAAA